ACCCGUGUCAUGUGAUCCAAAAUGUCGAAUGCAUGCAGAACUGACAUCAGACCGAUCAGUAUCCUCCUGUAAUAGAGUUAACGCUUUUUUUUACUUUUAAUGUAGCCUACUGAGAGACUGACUCAUCGACUGACAGCUGAUGAUCUGUUGUUAAUCAGAUUUUAUCUUAGGCGCGUUAGGACGCAUUUCGCUUUGUUUUUAAUGAGAGCACUCGAGUGACCAGUAAUUCCACUCGUGUAGGAUUAUAAAUCUAAUGUCAAGAUGAAGCAGGCUGUCUUACUGUUUCUCAUAACACUGUCAGUCUGUGCGUGCACGGUGUUAGCUGGUGAUGCAGAAGUGACUAUCAAAGCUCCAGCAACAGUGAAUCUACAGGAACAAUCUUCAGAAAAUAUCACCAUAACACUGAGUUCACCAUUGAACACAUCUGUAACAGUUUAUUUCAAUAUCACUUAUGAAUCAAAAAACGUCUCUUCAAUAAUUCUGCUGCCUGAUGAGGUUGUCGUGCCGGCAGGAAACUCAUCUGUAUCUUUUGAAGUGCAAGCAAAAGGGGUUGGUCAGGUGACUGCUUACCUUUCCAGCAAUGACACUCACAUAAAAAACUUAGAAACACGAAUCAGAUUCCUGAUUGUCAGAAGCAACGUCCUUUUCAUCAUCAACCAAAUCAUUGGCUGGAUUUACUUCGUGGCCUGGUCUGUGUCGUUCUACCCGCAGGCGUAUGAGAACUGGAAACGACGAAGUGUGGUAGGCCUCAGUUUUGAUUUCCUCGCUCUCAACCUGACUGGAUUCUUCGCUUACAGUGUGUUCAACAUUGGUCUGUUCUGGGUGCCUUAUAUACAGGAGGAGUUCUUGAAGAAAGAUCCAAACGGGGUCAUUCCUGUCGACGCUAAUGAUGUCUUCUUCAGUCUUCAUGCGUUACUUCUCACUCUCGUCUACGUCUGCCAGUGUGCCAUCUAUGAGAGAGGAGGGCAAAAGGUUUCCAAAGUGGCCAUUGGUUUAUUAGCGAUUGGCUGGACCUUUGCGUUUGUCUCCCUGUUUGUAGCUGUGGCACAGAAGAUCUCCUGGCUGGAUUAUCUCUACUAUUUCUCUUACAUUAAACUGGGAGUCACACUUGUAAAGUACAUCCCUCAGGCUUAUAUGAACUACCGCAGGCAGAGCACAGAGGGAUGGAGCAUCGGGAAUGUGCUGCUGGACUUCACAGGGGGCAGUUUCAGCUUACUUCAAAUGUUCCUUCAGGCCUAUAACAACGAUAAGUGGAAGUUUAUAUUCGGAGACCCCACAAAGUUCGGACUGGGUGUGUUGUCCAUAUUCUUCGAUGUUGUGUUCAUCGCACAGCAUUAUUGUCUGUAUAGGAACAGAGAGCCAAUGUAUCGUGAUUUAGAUGAUCAGGAUGACCAACACGCCAGUGUUAAAACAUGACCACUGCAAUAUAUGCGAUUUCAUAUGGACUUUUAUAUCUUUAUCUAAAGUGUGUACUAUGUAUUAAAGGGAAUUACAAAUGUGUCUUACUUAAAAAAACGUGUACUCUGGAUGCAAAUAAGCACUAGUUUCAUAUGGUUAGUAUGUUUUAUAAUCAUUUUUCAGAUUUUAGUAAAUUGUUGCUAUCUCAGGUGGAUAACUGAAGCUGGUAUUGUUAUGAAAUUUAUGCAACUCUUAAUAUAAGCAGGUUUGUGUGUUUUUUUUUGUUCAUAUUUCACAUGUUUUACACUGCAUUCUGGUGGCAGUGAGAUAAACUACACCGCAUUCUGACACUGUAUUAGUGGAAAACUAACGCAUUUAUUCUUCUCAUGUUUUAAAUAAAAUAAAAUAAAA